AUGGCGGCGGAGUCGGACGGUGGUCUUGUGGCUCCCCGGUACCCCCGGUACUCUCUCCGGGACGGGCUGUGGGUGGUGGUGGCUCUGCUGGUCUUCUUCUCGGACGGGGCGUCGGACCUGUGGCUGGCGGUGGAUUACCUGCAGCAGCACCGGCUCAGUUGCUUCUGGCCCACCGUCCUGCUGGUGCUGCUGCCCUCCCUGCUCACCCAGAGCCUCAGCUUCAGCUGGGUGGUCACCGACCGCAGCCCUUCUCCUCCCGCCGGCAACCGCCUCUGCUGCCGCCUCUGUGCCUGGAUCCUGCAGGGCUCCGUCCACCUGCUGCAGCUCGGACAGGUCUGGAGAUACCUGAGGGCACUCUACCUUGGUCUGCAGAGCCGAUGGCAAUCCGAGCAGCAGAGCCGACACUUCUACUGGCGCAUGAUGUUUGAGAGUGCUGACAUCAGCAUGCUGCGACUCCUGGAGACCUUCCUGAAGAGCGCCCCCCAGCUGGUGCUGCAGCUCUGCAUCAUGGUGCAGCAAGGCCACGUUGAGCCCCUGCAGGGUCUGUCCGCCUCUGCCUCUCUGCUGUCUCUUGCCUGGAUGAUCGCUUCUUACCAGAAGGUCCUGAGGGAUUCCCGUGAUGAUAAGAUGCCCAUGUCCUACAAGGGUGCAGUGGUGCAGAUCCUGUGGCAUCUCUUUACCAUUGCUGCCCGAGCUUUGGCAUUCUCCCUCUUUGCUUCUGAGUUUCACCUGUACUUUGGCAUUUUCAUAGUGACCCACUGGUGUCUCAUGACCUUCUGGAUCAUCCAAGGGGAGACAGAUUUCUGCAUGUCUCGCUGGGAGGAGAUAAUCUACAACAUGGUGCUGGGUAUCAUCUAUAUCUUCUGCUGGUUCAAUGUGCGCGAGGGUCGGACUCGCUGCAGGAUGACUGCGUACUAUGUCAUAGUUCUGACCGAGAAUGUGGUCCUUACGGUUUUGUGGUAUUACAACCGUAAUAACUCCCCACUCGGUGACUUCUACGCACUCCUCAUCGUCUGCUCCGUCUUCUGCAGCUUUGCGCUUGGCGUCUUCUUCAUGCUGCUUUACUACAGUCUCCUCCAUCCCAAUGGUCCGAUGUUUGGGCCAUCCAGCAGCAGCUGCGUCUUCACCGAGGGCCCUGAGGCUCCGCAGGCCCCUUUAUCGGAAGCCACAGAGAGCCUUCCCCGUACUUUGCCACGGACUACAGAACAAGAAAGGGACAUGGCACCGGGAGACAGGGACAGUUGUGGUCCAGUCUUCCAAGUGCGAUCUAGCAUUCCACCAACGCCUGUGACAAGACUUACACGGGCUCAAGGACCUGUCAUUCGUAUAGAUCUUCCACGUAAAAAGUACCCUGCCUGGGACGCUCAUUUUAUCGACCGGCGUCUUCGGAAGACUAUAUUGGCUCUUGAAUAUACCUCUCCGGCCACUCCCCGCGUCCAGUAUCGCACUCUAGGGACCUCACAAGAACUAACAGAGUAUGAAACCACAGUGUGA